UCUCCGCACAGCUUUUGUGCUUUAUUUCGGAACGUGUUAUUACGGAAAAUCGUAGAAGGUAAGUUUCGCAUGAAUAAGAGAUGAGUAAAUCAUUAUCGAUGUCAUCGUGCGGUAAAGGGGUGUAGCCAGCGUUGCACAGGCGCAGUAGGCUCUCGAGACGGCGAUACUUCUCUGAUACUCCAAUAGCCCAGCGACAUCCUUCGAUACAGCAUGUGCGUUUCACCCACACGGAUCAUCGAAAUUCUCCGAGCCGAGAAUGCGAGGAAUCAAUCGGCGCAAUCGACGUUGCGUCAGGCGAUGCGCGAACUUGUUGAAAAGGCUGCUCAAGGUUCCAACAGUUUCAGAAAAAACUAGUCGAGCCGUGGAAGAUGCAGGAGGGCACCUCGACGAUGUUCCUGGCCGAAGUGGUGGGCACGAGCAUUCUCAUAUUCAUCGGCUGCAUGGGCUGCAUCGGAACAAUGGGACCCGCACCCCCGCCACCCAUGCAGAUGGCUUUCACCUUCGGCCUGACAGUCAACCUCAUUAUCAUGACCUUCGGUCACGUUAGCGGAGCCCACCUGAAUCCGGCGGUGACCCUCGGCGCCGUGAUGAUCGGGCUGAAAUCGAUUCCCACAGGCGUCGUCUACUGCGCGGCUCAGUUCAUCGGCGCGACGAUCGGCUACGGUCUGAUCAAGAUAGUGACGCCGGCCCUGCUGAUGAACGACGGCAAUCCAAGUUCGGAGACGCCUCUGUGCGUGACGGCGAUCCACCCGGAGGUGAGCGUCGUCCAGGCGCUGCUCAUCGAGAUCCUCUGCACGUCGCUGAUACUCCUCGGCGCCUGCGCCACCUGGGACCCGAGGUGCGCCCAUACCACCGACUCGACCGCCCUGAGGUUCGGCUUGUCCGUGGCCGCUAUUUCCUUUGCAGCGAGCCCGUACACGGGCUGCAGCAUGAACCCGGCGAGAACGUUCGGGCCUGCUCUGUGGCACGGAGCUUGGAAGCAUCAAUGGGUCUACUGGCUCGGACCUAUGGUGGGAGCGGCCCUCGGCACCUCGGCGUAUCAAGUUUUAUUUUCCCCUAAGGAAGCGCAAAGUACCAGCGUCAGCGUCGAGACGACGAACAGCGAGGAGAGGGAUUACGAAUCCUACAAAAUGACCGAACUGCAGGUCAAUACUACUGCCGAGCCUGAGAAUCUGGCUAUCGAGUAGAAUAUGCAUUACGCUGUAUGACCAAGAGCGCGAUUUCGUUUCUGUACAGGAAUAUUAGUUGUAAAUAGAUUUUUUUUUUUUUUUAAUAAAAUUCACGAUAAAGUUA